GAGGGAGGAGGAAUAAAGAUUAAAAAUGGCCACCAGCAGCUGCUGGAAACAGCAACAACUCCUGACUUUCCGGGAUGGUCGGACUGGCCUUGCCGGUCAGCAUUGAUGGAAGGAAAAGGCAUCAGAGAAAGCAAACCGCAGCAGCUGGCACCAUUGUCACUGUUGGGUGGCCACAGCAGUGUCAGUGACACCAGAUCACACAGAGAAAGGAGCUACAGACCAACACAGGAUACAACACAUAGACCACAGGCAAAUUUGCCUCAUUCACAGUCUUUCCUUUAUUCACUGUUCUUUCCUUGACAUCAGAUCUGACAUUUUGGAGGCUGGAUCGCCAAUAUUUUGUUUUGCCAUGACCACUGUAUGAUUAUUUCCUUUAAUUCUGGAUUACCUGGAGAAAACAAAGGGAUUGUUUAAAUGGUCAUGCCCGGAGCAGUCAUGGUACUGCAUUAAAGGAGGAGGGCAGCGUAUAAUGCAAAGUGAGGCAUAACAUAGCCGGCUUCAUACAGAUCUUUUCCUUUAUUCUUUGCUGCCUGCAAAACGUGACCUCUUCAAAGGAAGUACUGACAAGCUCGUUGUCAAAUUAUGAAGCUGCAAUAUUGGCUUGGAUAAGAGUGUGUUUGCUCUAGUCAUAUUAUUCAAGUGGCCUGGUUGUCUUUUAGGAUACCGUCACCAUGAAUAUGGUGAAGAGGAUCAUGGGCCGGCCACGGCAAGAGGAGUGCAGCCCGCAGGAUAACGCUCUGGGCCUGAUGCAUCUCCGGCGACUGUUCACGGAGCUCUGUCACCCGGCCCGACACAUGACACAGAAGGAACAGGAAGAGAAGCUUUAUAUGAUGCUGCCAGUCUUCAACCGGGUAUUUGGAAGUGCACCUCCUAGUACAAUGACAGAAAAGUUCUCAGACCUACUGCAGUUUACAACACAAGUUUCCCGAUUGAUGGUGACUGAGAUUCGCAGGAGAGCAUCUAAUAAAUCUACAGAGGCAGCUAGCCGGGCCAUUGUCCAGUUUUUGGAGAUUAAUCAGAGUGAAGAGACGAGCAGGGGCUGGAUGCUUCUCACGGUCAUUAACCUGCUGGCAUCUUCUGGGCAGAAAACAGUGGACUGCAUGACAACGAUGUCUGUGCCGUCCACGCUCAUUAAAUGCCUGUACCUGUUUUUUGACCUGCCGCACGUGCCUGAGGUUCCCGGCGGAGCAGAGAACGAGCUGCCUCUGACAGAACGCAGAACACUGCUUCAGAAAGUCUUUGUACAGAUACUGGUGAAGUUGUGCAACUACGUUUCUCCAGCAGAGGAGCUGGCUCAAAAAGAUGACCUUCAGCUCCUAUUCAGUGCAAUAACAUCCUGGUGUCCACCUUACAACCUUCCCUGGAGGAAAAGUGCAGGUGAAGUUUUAAUGACCAUAUCUCGACAUGGUCUUAGCCUGAACGUGGUGAAAUAUAUACAUGAAAAAGAAUGUCUGGCUACGUGUGUACAGAACAUGCAGCAAUCCAACGACUUGUCCCCACUGGAAAUUGUAGAGAUGUUUGCUGGCCUCUCCUGUUUUCUCAAGGACUCCAGUGAUGUCUCACAAACACUGCUGGACGAUUUCAGGACAUGUCAAGGAUAUGUAUUCCUCUCUGAUCUUUUACUGAGGCUAGAACAAGCAAAAGAGAAUGAAUCCAAAGAUGCACUGAAGGACUUGGUUAACCUAAUUACUUCUUUAACAACAUAUGGUGUCAAUGAACUGAAACCAGCUGGUUUAACAACGGGGGCACCUUUUCUGUUGCCAGGCUUCUCAGUCCCGCAGCCUACCGGAAAAGGCCUGAGUAUGAGGAACAUCCAAGCCUUCUCUGUACUUCAAAACUCAUUCCUAAAAGCAAAGACCAGCUACCUUGCCCAGAUCAUACUUGAUGCCAUUACAAAUAUCUACAUGUCGGACAAUGCAAACUACUUUAUACUGGAGUCGCAGCAUACACUGUCUCAGUUUGCCGAGAAAAUUACCAAGCUUCCGGAUGUGCAAGUGAAAUAUUUUGAGAUGCUGGAGUUUGUCGUCUUCAGCUUGAACUACAUCCCAUGCAAGGAGCUGAUCAGCGUCAGUAUCCUCUUAAAGUCCAACGCUUCCUUUGCUUGCAGCAUCAUAGCCACCAAAACUCUACUAAAGUUCAUACGUCACCAUCACAUAUUUAAAGAUGUCUUUAAAGAGGUUGGACUUCUAGAAGUGAUGGUUAACCUUUUGCACAAGUAUGCUGCUGUACUAAAAGACCCCGCACAAGCCUACAUCGAACAAGGAUGCACAACUGUAAUGCAGUCCACAGAGGACCAAAGGCAGCUUGCUCUUGUGGUUAUGGAGACAUUAACCGUUCUUCUUCAAGGAUCAAAUACAAAUGCAGGUGUGUUUAGGGAGUUUGGAGGUGCCAGAUGUGUGCACAACAUCGUCAAGUACCCUCAGUGUCGAGAACAUGCGCUUAUGGUAAUACAACAGUUAAUGUUGUCACAGAGUGGCGAUGACGACAUGGGGACCCUUUUAGGGUUGAUGCACUCUGCACCCCCUACAGAGCUACAACUCAAAACAGAUAUUCUACGGGCCCUUCUUGUAGUUCUAAGGGAAAGCCAUCGGACCAGGACGGUUUUCCGAAAAGUUGGAGGGUUUGUGUAUGUGACAUCUUUGCUGGUUGCUAUGGAGAAGUCUCUUAGUUGUCCACCAAGGAAUGGUUGGGAGAAGGUCAACCAAAAUCAAGUGUUUGAGCUUCUCCACACAGUUUUCUGUACACUCACCGCUGCCAUGCGCUACGAGCCCGCAAACUCUCACUUCUUCAAAACAGAGAUCCAAUAUGAAAAGUUGUCAGAUGCCAUCCGGCUACUUGGCUGCUUUUCCGAUUCAAGGAAAAUCAAACCGUCAAAUGUCUUGCCUUCCAACAACCAACCAUUUCAGAGACUCCUAGAAGAGGACCUUGUUCAGUUGGACUCUGUGUGCCCGGUGCUAAGGCACUGCUGCAAACUCUUUGUUUAUCUCUAUAAAGUAGCCACGGACUCAUUUGACAGUCGUGCAGAACAGAUUCCUCCUUGCUUGACAAAUGAGAAUUCUCUCCCUUCACCCUGGGGCACUCCAGCUCUGUCCAGGAAAAGACAUGUCUACCAUGCAGUGUCCUCCUUGUCCAUAAACCCUAUUAAAAAUAUCACUGACUUGAAAGUCCAAGUGGGAACCUCCACUAUGUCAAGUUCAGAUGCAGUCAUCAUACAUCCUGGUGCCAUGCUUUCUAUGCUAGACCUCCUGGCAUCGGUCGAUUCGGAUGCCCAACCAGAACAUGCCUUGGACCUGGAGCUGGCGGUAGCCAACAUCUUGCAGUCAUUGGUACACACAGAAAGAAACCAGCAGGUGAUGUGUGAAGCGGGGCUGCAUGCUCGUCUGCUGCACCGUUGCAGCGCCGCUCUGGCAGAUGAAGACCACUCCUUGCACCCUCCUCUUCAGCGGAUGUUUGAGAGGCUGGCAUCUCAGGCACUGGAGCCCAUGGUACUGAGAGAAUUCCUCCGCCUUGGCAACCCUUUGAAUUGUGCAGCGUGGGACAAGCGAUUAUUAAAGCAGUACAGAGUACACAAGCCCAGCUCCUUGAGUUAUGAGCCUGAAAUGAGAAGUAGCAUGAUCUUGUCAACGGAGGGUCUUGGCUCUGACAGUGUGUUUUGUGUUGGCGAGGAUAAACACUACAGGAUAAAUCGGAGCUUGGUCAAGUCAGCAGAAGGAUGUACUGUGCCCCUGACCCGGGUGAAGUGCCUGGUCUCCAUGACAACGCCACAUGACAUCCGGCUUCAUGGAUCAUCCGUCACUCCUGCUUUUGUUGAGUUUGACACAUCUUUGGAAGGCUUUGGGUCUUUAUUCUUGCCAAGCCUGGCUCCCCAUAAUGCACCAACUAGUAAUGCAGUCACCACAGGCCUCAUGGAUGGAGCUGUGGUUAGUGGCAUGGGAACAGGAGAACGCCUUUUUCCACCACCUUCUGGUUUAACAUAUUCCACCUGGUUCUGCAUUGAGCAUUUCAGUUCCCCUCCAAAUAAUCACCCUGUCAGACUUCUAACUAUAGUCCGAAGAGCGACCUCUUCAGAGCAACAUUAUGUAUGCCUGGCUGUUGUCCUCUCUGCUAAAGACAAGUCUCUAAUAGUGUCCACCAAGGAAGAGCUGCUUCAUAGUUAUGUUGAUGACUUCAGCGAGGAGUCCUCUUUCUACGAGAUCCUGCCAUGCUGUGCCCGCUUCCGCUGCAGUGAUCUUAUAAUGGAAGGGCAGUGGCACCAUCUGGUUCUGGUCAUGAGUAAAGGCAUGUUGAAGAACAGUACAGCAGCACUAUACCUGGAUGGCCAGCUCAUCAAUACAGUAAAGCUUCAUUAUGUGCACAGUAGCCCCGGAGGAUCUGGAUCUACUAAUCCACCAGUAGUUAGCACGGUCUAUGCUUAUGUUGGCACUCCGCCAGCUCAACGGCAGCUAUCCUCCCUGGUGUGGCGUCUGGGACCAACUCAUUUUCUGGAGGACGUUUUACCUGCUGCUAGUGUUGCUAUCAUAUAUGAACUGGGACCAAAUUAUGUGGGAAGCUUCCAAGCAGUUUCUUCACCGUGUAAAGAUUCCAAGUCUGAAUCAGGUAGUCCAUCUCUGGUGUCGCUCGUUCCUGAGGAGAAAGUUUCCUUUGGCCUGUACGCGCUUUCAGUAUCUUCGCUUACGGUAGCUAAAAUACGGAAGGUUUACAACAAGCUGGACAGCAAAGCCAUAGCAAAGCAGUUGUCUAUAUCUUCCCAUGAGAGUGCCACUCCUGUGAAACUGUUGCAUAAUUCAGCCGGACAUUUGAAUGGACCUGCUCGGACCAUAGGAGCAGCGCUGAUCGGGUAUUUAGGUGUAAGGACGUUUGUCCCAAAGCCUGUGGCUACCACCUUGCAAUACAUUGGUGGUGCUGCUGCCAUCUUGGGUUUAGUGGCUAUGGCAUCCGAUGUGGAAGGGCUUUAUGCAGCAGUAAAGGCGCUGGUUUGUGUGGUGAAGAGUAACCCAUUGGCCAGCAAAGAGAUGGAACGAAUUAAAGGCUACCAGCUGCUGGCAAUGCUACUAAAGAAGAAACGAGGUCUCCUGAACAGCCACAUUCUGCAUCUGACUUUUUCUUUGGUGGGAACGGUUGACAGCGGACAUGAAACCUCUAUUAUCCCAAACUCCACUGCUUUCCAGGAUCUGCUGUGUGACUUUGAGGUCUGGCUGCAUGCUCCAUAUGAGCUCCAUUUAUCGCUGUUUGAACACUUCAUUGAACUGCUGACAGAAUCAAGUGAGGCAGCAAAGAAUGCUAAACUGAUGAGAGAGUUCCAGCUAAUUCCCAAGCUCCUGAUGACCUUACGAGACACGUCUCUGUCUCAGCCAACCAUCGCUGCCAUUAGUAAUGUGCUUAGCUUCCUACUGCAAGGAUUUCCCAACCCCAAUGACCUGCUCAGGUUUGGUCAGUUCAUCUCGUCAACGCUGCCAACAUUCGCUGUGUGCGAGAAAUUUGUAAUUAUGGAAGUUAACAAUGAAGAGAAACAUGAGCCAGGAAUUGAGGAUGAUUUUGGAGGACUGGUUUCUGCUAACCUUAUACUUCUAAGAAACAGGCUAUUGGACAUGCUGCUUAAACUGCUGUAUACUAACAAGGAAAAGACCACAGUAAACCUACAAGCCUGUGAAGAGCUGGUAAAGACCCUCGGCUUUGAUUGGGUGAUAAUGUUCAUGGAGGAACACUUGCAUUCGACCACCGUCACAGCCUCUAUGAGGAUUCUUGUGGUGCUGCUCAGCAACCUGCCUAUACUCAUGAAGUUCAAGGAAGGCGUGAGCGGUGGGGGCUGGCUCGACCAAACCGAUUCUGUCCUGACCAAUAAGAUUGGAACAGUGCUAGGAUUUAAUGUAGGAAGGAGUGCCGGUGGCAGGUCAACACUCAGGGAGAUUAACCGUGAUGCCUGUCACUUCCCUGGCUUCUCUGUUCUCCAGUCUCUUCUCCCCAAGCACACCAACGUCCCUGCGCUUUACUUUCUGCUUAUGGCGCUUUUCCUGCAACAGCCCGUUACCGAGCUGCCUGAGAACUUGCAGGUCAGUGCACCUGUCACCAGCAACCGAAGUAACCGAGCUUGCCAGUUUGAUUUGGACUCCAUCUGGACCUUUAUCUUUGGAGUUCCUGCAUCCAGUGGAAAUGUGUUCUCCUCCAUACACAAUGUUUGCACAGAAGCUGCCUUCCUUCUCCUGGGAAUGUUGAGGACCAUGCUUAAUUCUCCUUGGCAAUCCGAGGAAGAGGGUUCCUGGCUCCGGGAGUACCCAGUCACCUUGAUGCAGUUCUUUCGGUACCUGUACCAUAAUGUACCAGAUCUUGCGCCUAUGUGGAUCAGCCCAGAGUUCCUUUGUGCGCUGGCAGCCACAGUGUUCCCUUUCAACAUCCGACCAUACUCUGAAAUGGUCACAGACCUUGAUGAUGAAGUUGGAUCCCCAGCUGAAGAAUUUAAGGCUUUCACUUCAGACUCGGGCAUGAACAGAAGCCAAUCAGAAUAUUGCAAUGUGGGCUUCAAAACCUACCUAACUAACCACCCUGCAAAGAAAUUUGUGUUUGACUUCAUGCGUGUCCUUGUGAUCGAAAAUCUAUGCAUGACUCCCGCCAGCAAGCAAACGCCAUUGAUAGACUUGCUGCUAGAGGCUUCUCCUGAAAGAUCCACAAGGACCCAACAAAAGGAGUUCCAGACUUGCAUAUUAGAUAGCGUGAUGGACCAUCUGCUGGCCACCGAUGUUCUGCUAGGUGAAGAUGCCUCUUUACCAAUCACUACAGGUGGAAACUACCAGGUGUUGGUGAACAACGUGUUUUAUUUCACCCAAAGGCUGGUGGAUAAGCUUUGGCAAGGGAUGUUCAACAAGGAUUCCAAGCUUGUGGUAGAGUGCAUCAUCCAGUUACUAUCGCAGUCGAAACGGCGCUCUCAAGGCUUGUCUCUCGAAGUGAUUUAUAGUUGUUUGAAUCGCACCAUAUUGUACCAGCUCUCCAGAGCCCACAAAACAGUACCUCAACAAGUGGCUCUUCUUGAUUCUCUGAGAGUCCUCACUGUGAAUAGGAACCUGAUUCUUGGACCUGGGAACCACGACCAGGAUUUUAUUGCCUGCUUAGCUCACUGCUUGAUUAACCUCCACAUGGGAAGUAACCCUGAUGGCUUUGGACUGGAAGCAGAAGCCAGGAUGACCACUUGGCAUAUUAUGAUGCCGUCUGAUAUUGAGCCAGAGGGCAUCUAUCAGGAUGUCAGUGAAGGUCGCCAGCUCUUGUUGAAAGCUGUCAGUCGCGUGUGGAUAGAGCUGAUUCACAGUAAGAAGCAAGUUUUGGAGGAUUUAUUUAAAGUGGCUUUUCCGGUGAACGACAGAGGCCAUGUGGAUAUCACCGUUGUACGCCCCUUGAUUGAGGAAGCAACACUACGGUGUUGGCAGAAUCAUCUCGCUUACGAGAAGAAGUGCAUCAGUAAAGGAGAAGCCCUGGUCCCAACCUCCCAGUCCAAGCUGUCUCGUGUUAGCAGUGGCUUUGGUCUUUCUAAGUUAACGGGUGCGCGAAGAAACCGGAAGGAGAGCGGACUUAACAAACACAACCUCUCUACACAGGAAAUCUCGCAGUGGAUCUUUACACACAUAGCUGUUGUGCGGGACCUGGUAGAUAUGCAGUAUAAAGAAUACCAAGAGAGACAGCAGAAUGCUCUAAAGUAUGUGACAGAGGAAUGGAACCAGAUCGAAUAUGAGCUGCUCCGGGAGAGAGGGCUUUGGGGUCCUCCCAUUGGCUCCCACUUGGAUAAGUGGAUGCUGGAAAUGACUGAAGGGCCGUGUAGAAUGAGAAAGAAGGUUGUGAGAAACGACAUGUUUUACAUCCACUAUCCUUACAUCCCCGAAGCGGAGCACGACACAAACACAAUGAGACCAGCUCGUUACCGUCGUGCAGUCAGCUAUGAUAGUAAGGACUACUACAUGCGCCUGAUGCCGGGGAACCCAGCAGUGUUUCAGGAUACGGUAGAAGAAAACUCUGAGGGUGAAGCAGCUCAGCAUGAGCCAGAGCAUGGAGAAGACACCAUUGCUAGAGUCAAAGGUCUGGUAAAAGCACCUCUAAAGCGAUCACGAUCAGCUCCUGAUGGAGGGGAAGAUGAAAGCCAAGAGCUUCUACAGGAUCAGCUGUCCGAAGGUUCUUCCAUGGAUGAAGAAGAGAAAAUGGACAGCACAACCCUGCUGAGGCUGCUUGAGGAGGGAGAAAAGAUUCAACACAUGUAUCGCUGUGCCAGAGUUCAGGGUUUGGACACUGGUGAAGGCCUUCUCCUCUUUGGAAAAGAACAUUUUUACGUGGUGGAUGGAUUUACAAUGACAGCCAACAGGGAGAUCCGGGACAUUGAAACAUUGCCAGUAAAUAUGCAUGAACCAAUCAUUCCAAGAGGAGCCAGACAGGGUCCCAGUCAGCUAAAGAGGACUUGCAGCAUUUUUGCCUAUGAAGAUAUCAAAGAAGUCCAUAAACGACGAUAUUUGUUACAGCCUAUUGCUGUAGAAGUAUUUUCUGCGGAUGGACGGAAUUAUUUAUUGGCUUUUCAAAAAGGAGUCAGAAACAAGGUCUACCAAAGGUUUUUGGCUGUUGUUCCAUCUUUAACAGAUAGCUCAGAAUCAGUUUCUGGACAGCGUCCAAAUACCAGUGUUGAGCAAGGUUCUGGAUUGCUUAGCACACUGGUUGGAGAAAGGUCUGUGACGCAGAGAUGGGAGAGGGGAGAAAUCAGCAAUUUCCAGUAUUUGAUGCACUUAAACACUCUGGCAGGCAGAUCGUACAAUGAUCUCAUGCAGUACCCCGUCUUUCCAUGGAUCCUGGCAGAUUACGACUCUGAGGAACUGGAUCUGACCAGUCCCAAAACAUUUAGAAACUUGGCCAAACCAAUGGGAGCACAAACAGAUGACAGACUUGGCCAAUACAAGAAGCGUUACAAAGACUGGGAAGAUCCCAAUGGUGAAACACCUGCCUAUCAUUAUGGAACCCAUUAUUCCUCUGCAAUGAUUGUUGCCUCCUACUUAGUCCGAAUGGAACCAUUCACACAGAUUUUUCUGCGGCUUCAGGGCGGCCAUUUUGACCUUGCUGACAGAAUGUUUCACAGUGUGCGUGAGGCAUGGUACUCGGCAUCGAAACACAACAUGGCUGAUGUGAAGGAACUGAUCCCGGAGUUCUUUUAUCUCCCUGAAUUCUUGCUAAACUCCAACAAUUUUGAUCUUGGUGCUAAGCAAAACGGAACUAAGCUGGGUGAAGUCAUUCUUCCUCCCUGGGCUAAAGGAGACCCACGAGAGUUUAUCCGUGUACACAGAGAGGCUCUUGAAUGCGACUAUGUCAGCGCUCAUCUGCACGAGUGGAUUGAUCUCAUUUUUGGAUACAAGCAACAGGGUCCAGCUGCAGUAGAAGCGGUCAAUGUCUUCCAUCAUCUCUUCUACGAAGGUCAAGUGGACAUCUACAAUAUAAAUGACCCAUUAAAAGAGACUGCUACCAUAGGCUUCAUAAACAACUUUGGGCAAAUACCCAAGCAGUUAUUUAAGAAACCCCACCCGCCAAAACGUGUCAGAAGUCGGAACAACGGAGAGAUGGCAUCAGUUUCCAUGGCAGUGGCGUCUGCAUCUGACAAGAUAUUUUUCCAUCAUUUGGACAAUCUAAGGCCUUCCCUGACUCCUGUCAAAGAAUUGAAAGAACAAGUGGGUCAAAUCGUUUGCACAGAUAAAGGCAUUCUGGCUGUAGAACACAACAAGGUUCUUAUCCCACCAGCCUGGAACAAAACAUUUGCCUGGGGAUAUGCAGAUCUCAGCUGUAGACUCGGAACCUAUGAAUCCGACAAGGCUGUUGUCGUUUAUGAGUGCUUGUCUGAAUGGGGACAAAUUAUGUGUGCCAUUUGCCCAAAUCCUAAACUGGUUAUCACAGGAGGCACUAGUACAGUGGUCUGUGUGUGGGAAAUAGGAAUGUCAAAGGAGAGGGCGAAAUCGCUCACACUGAAACAGGCCUUGAUUGGACAUACGGAUACGGUGACCUGUUUGACUGCAUCGCUAGCCUAUCACAUUGUGGUGAGUGGAUCCCGUGAUCGCACCUGCAUCAUCUGGGAUCUGAACAAGCUCUCAUUUGUGACACAGUUACGUGGACAUAGAGCUCCGGUGUCUGCUCUCAGCAUCAAUGAGCUAACGGGUGAUAUAGUGUCCUGUGCUGGCACCUAUAUCCACGUCUGGAGCAUCAAUGGCAACCCUAUUGUGAGCGUGAACACAUUUACAGGGAGAAGUCAACAGAUCCUGUGCUGCUGCUUGUCGGAAAUGAACGAGUGGGACACCCAGAACGUCUUUGUCACGGGACACUCAGAUGGAGUUGUCCGCUUCUGGAGAAUGGAGUUUUUACAAGUGCCAGAAACACCCGCUCCAGCUCCAUCAGAUACUCUGGAGAUCACAGAUGACUGUGCAGAAGCACAUUUAGGGCACGAAGCCCAGGAUGAUGACAGCAGUGACUCUGACGUGGAAGAUCAAAGUGCCAUACAGGACACUAGGACAAAGGACAACCAACAGCAACCCAGCAGUGUUGGCCACAGGGCAAGAGCAUCUUCUGCCAGGGCUGGCCUGUCAGCCUGGUCAGGAGACAGUGGCUCGGAUGAGUCCAGACGCUGGUCAGAUCAGCUCAGUUUGGAUGAAAAAGAUGGCUUCAUCUUUGUAAACUAUUCAGAGGGUCAGUGUAAGAUGCAGUUCCCGCACAUCCAGAGUGCUAUGCAAGCCAACCAGUCCGAGUCAAAGCACUACAACAAACUCAAGUCAGGCUACAGAUGGGAAAGGCAGUUGGUAUUCAGAAGCAAGCUUACUAUGCACACAGCGUUUGAUCGGAAGGAUAAUGCCCACCCCGCUGAAAUCACUGCUCUAGGCAUCUCCAAAGAUCACAGCAGGAUAUUGGUAGGAGACAGCAGAGGUAGAGUGUUUAGCUGGUCUGUAAGUGACCAACCUGGGCGAUCAGCUGCUGACCACUGGGUGAAAGAUGAAGGGAUGGACAGCUGUUCAGGAUGUGCCGUGCGGUUUUCCCUGACCGAGAGACGUCAUCAUUGCCGAAAUUGUGGGCAACUUUUUUGCCAAAAGUGCAGUCGAUUCCAGUCAGAAAUUAAGCGACUGAAAAUAUCUUCUCCGGUGCGAGUGUGCCAGAACUGUUAUUACAAUUUACAGCAUGAGCGUGGCUCUGAGGACACAUCAAGGAAUUAAGAUUUUCUAAGAUUUAGAACUUCCAAAAAAAUGUGUGUUAUAAUAGAAUCGAUAUUCCCAGGAUGACAGGAAACUGUGUGGCUUUCAUGGGGAAUUAAACAGAACACAAAACCAAGAAAACAAA